AUGCCCUCAGCACUAUCCGAGGACCUGGAAACCGUACUUCGUGGACAGGGUUUGUUCAUCACAAAUCGUGUGCCCACCAGAGGAGAUAGAUGUAUAGACUCGAUUGCCUCAAACCUCGAUGUCUGGGAUUAUAGUGUGGAGGUACCUUUUGCGCUGAUUGCCGACCAUCUGCCAGUGCUGAUGAGUGUAAAGAAGACAGCUUUGGUGAGUAAUUUAUCUUCUAUACCAUGGCAUGACAAUUAUGUAUUUUAUAAGAGAAAUGUGAGUGACCAACUGCUGCCUCAGUUUAAGGAAGCCUUAAGUAAAAUAGACUGGGCUCUGGUCCUGGACGACCCAGACCCAGCGUCCUCUUUUCAAGCUUUUCACAGUAAACUGCUGGAAGUGUUCAAUUUCUUUUUUCCGCUCUUAAAUAAAGCCAAGCCUAAAUCGCAGCCAAAGCAAAGAAGUAGGGGUAACGCAUGCAUUGCCAAGGACUGGUAUACACCUGAGCUGGGCAGGGUCAGAGCUUUUACAAAACUGAUCUUUGAUAGAUAUAAGGCCGAGCAAUCUCCUAAUGCAAGGGACAAACUUUACUCUCUGUAUCUGAAAACGAAGCGUAAUUAUAAAUGUCAGGUAAAUGAGGCCAAAAAAAGGGCAACUGUAGUACACAUCCAGAGUUCACUAAACCAAUGUAAGGCAGCAUGGUCAGUGAUAAAUGACUCGAGGAAGAAAAAUGAAGUAGUCAACAAACUUUCUAGUCCAGAUGACUACAACCAGUUCUUUGUCAACUCAGUUAAAGACAUAACUGAAGAACUGAGCAGAAAAGCCGCUGGAAACCGAAGCGGAGAAAUCAGAGUCCAGGUGCAGCCCCUGACCCCUUUGGAGGAAUGGAAUCCUACUACGCAAGAGGAAGUAAUUAAAAUAGUUAAAUCUUUCUCCAACUCAAGAAGUCCAGAUAUCUACGGAAUCUCACCUUGGAUUCUCAAGUCUGUUAUAAAUGAAAUAUCACUGCCUCUGUCUGAAGUGAUAAACAGGUGUCUGCGGGUGGGACUUUUUCCAGACUGCCUUAAAAUCUCAAGGACUAUACCUGUUUUCAAAAAGGGGGACGCAAACCUUACCUCAAGUUAUCGGCCAAUCUCAAUAAUCCCGACUGUGGAGAAGAUUGUACAGAGACAGAUUGUUGACCAUUUUGAAGUAAAUCACUACUUUACAGCAUCCCAACACGGGUUUCGGAAGUCGAGAUCUACAACAACAGCCCUCGUCUCCUUGAUUAGUGAGGUUUUGGACUCCUUUGAAAAUAGACAGUCAAUGGCUCUGGUCCUUUGCGACCUGUCAAAAGCCUUCGACAUUGUCUCCCACGACAUAUUGCUUGAGAAGCUCGGCUAUUAUGGAGUUGGCGGAGUUGCCCUCCAGACCUUUAAAUCCUACUUAGAAGGUAGAAGUCAGAUGGUAGCAGUGCAGGGCGCACUGUCCUCCCCAGCCGAUGUGAAGUUCGGAGUUCCGCAGGGCUCAAUAGUUGGCCCCACUCUCUUCCUGAUACUGAUGAACGACCUAGGUUGGGAUAGAGAUACUCUACUCUUUGCGGACGAUACAACCCUGCUGGGCAGGGGGCAAGAUCCUACUGAGGCGGUCGCUUGUUCAGAACUAAACGUCUUCACAGUCUAUAACCAGUACAUCCUUGCCUGUGUUGUACACAUUAAAACCAACCUGAGCAAUUUUGAACUCCGAGGCCAGCUCCACUCUUACAACAUUAGAGGAGCACAGAAGCUCAAUACCCAGCGGUAUAGACUGUCCCUGACAAGAGAUAGCUUCCCUGCAGUUGCUGUACAUAUGUUUAAUGCCCUGCCACUCCACCUGAGAGAGCUAGAGCCGAAAAUAUUCAAGGAAAGAAUCAAGGAGCUCCUCCUGCAAAACCCGUUCUACUCAGUUGACGAGUAUUUUGAGGAAGCACCAACUCUUGACCACCCACCGCCAUCUAAAGCUUAA